GAGAAUGGGAGAAGAACGGAGCUGCUGAGCGCCCCGGCGAACUCCUCUCCUCUCUCCUCACCUCGCUCUCACGGCCCGCCCGCCCGCCACCUGCUCGCCGCCCAGAACAUCUUCCAUCAUGGCCACCUCAGCAAGUUCCCACUUGAACAAAGGCAUCAAGCAGGUGUAUAUGUCCCUGCCUCAGGGUGAGAAAGUCCAAGCUAUGUAUAUCUGGAUUGAUGGUACUGAAGAAGGACUUCGCUGCAAGACUCGCACCCUGGACUCUGAGCCCAAGAGUGUAGAAGAGUUGCCUGAGUGGAAUUUUGAUGGCUCUAGUACUUUUCAGUCUGAAGGCUCCAAUAGUGACAUGUAUCUUGUACCUGCUGCCAUGUUUCGGGACCCCUUCCGCAAGGAUCCCAACAAGCUAGUGUUCUGUGAAGUUUUCAAGUACAACCGAAAGCCUGCAGAGACCAAUUUAAGGCACACCUGUAAACGGAUAAUGGAAAUGGUGAGCAACCAGCAUCCCUGGUUUGGAAUGGAACAGGAAUACACUCUCAUGGGCACAGAUGGUCAUCCCUUUGGUUGGCCUUCUAAUGGCUUUCCUGGUCCCCAAGGUCCAUAUUACUGUGGCGUGGGAGCAGACAAAGCCUAUGGCAGGGACAUUGUGGAAGCUCAUUACCGGGCCUGCUUGUAUGCUGGAGUCAUGAUUACGGGGACAAAUGCUGAGGUCAUGCCUGCCCAGUGGGGAUUCCAAAUAGGACCUUGUGAAGGAAUCCACAUGGGAGAUCAUCUCUGGGUGGCCCGUUUCAUCUUGCAUCGCGUAUGUGAAGACUUUGGAGUGAUAGCUACCUUUGAUCCCAAGCCCAUUCCUGGAAACUGGAAUGGUGCCGGCUGCCACACCAACUUUAGUACCAAGGCCAUGAGGGAGGAGAAUGGUCUGAAAUACAUUGAGGAGGCCAUUGAGAAACUAAGCAAGCGGCACCAGUACCACAUUCGUGCCUAUGAUCCCAAGGGGGGCCUGGACAAUGCCCGGCGCCUAACUGGAUUCCACGAAACCUCCAACAUCAACGACUUUGCUGCUGGCGUGGCCAACCGUAGUGCCAGCAUCCGCAUUCCCCGGACUGUCGGCCAGGAGAGGAGGGGUUACUUUGAAGACCGUCGCCCCUCUGCCAACUGUGACCCCUAUUCAGUGACAGAAGCCCUCAUCCGCACGUGUCUUCUCAAUGAAACCGGAGAUGAACCCUUCCAAUACAAAAACUAAAUGGACUAGACCUCAGCCUUCAAGCCCCUCCUAGUUCUGCCUCCCACUCCAACUCUUCACCCUCUGUGUUAUCCUGCUUGUCCCGAUUGUAACUCAAAGGGUGGAA